CGUAGAGAAUGAAAUCAUAAAUAUUCUAUGCGGUUUACGGAACUUCUCAUAAAAGUUAAUUUACGCAGAGUCUUUAAAGGUUCGGGUUCAACCUUUUAUUUACAUAGAGUCUUUGAACUACGUGCACCUGCCAGUGCAAUUUGCUCAUGAUUUGUCUCUCCUUGGGCCUCUGAAAACUAAGGAACUGCCGAACUGAUGCCGCUUCAAUCACAUUGUCAUUACCACCGAAGCCAGAACAAAUUGCGGGUGGGGGUGUUCCUGCUGAAGGGUAAUAAAGUGCUGCUGGGCCGCCGCCUCACCGCCGUUGACCGCAAUACCUUCCCCCUUCCCGGCGGCCACCUUGAAUUCGGAGAAAGCUUUGGGCAAUCUGCAGCCAGAGAAGUUGAGGAAACUGGUUUGGACAUCACAGAAAUUGAGUUUCUCACUGUCACCAACAAUGUCCUUUCAGAUCCAAAGCCAUUACAGUUUAUUGUCUUCCUCCUGCCAGAUCCUAAUCAGAUGCCCAUCAAUCUUGAUCCUGAGAAAUGUGAUGGUUGGGAUUGGUACGACUGGAACGAUCUUCCGAAACCAUUAUUUGAACCGUUAGAAGCUAUUGUGCUACGGGGUUUCAAUCCUUUCCCGUCCCAUUAGACGGUGAUCAAGAUUAGGUAUCGUACAGUUGUCCAGCUUCCUAUGCCUCUCUUUGCAAUUAACUUCAUCUAGGAUAAUAUAUUAAUAUAUCACAGAGUCGAAAAUGAUGCUUGGGUAGCUAGACAGAAUGGGAUUGCAAAAUUACAGGACAGGUUAGCUGAUUGUUGCUGAAUGUGAUUUUCUUGAUCAAGCAUUUGAAAGGAGUGGCCUAUUUGAUCUGUUUAUAUGCAUUGAUUUUCAGUACUUGCAUUACUUUGUUAGUAAACAACACAUUUGAACGAUACAGAGAUCUCUAGCUUUCUCUUUCGUCCUUUUCCUUUUCCCCUCGCCAAGUAUCAAAUCCGUUCAGUGCAACACAGUCAAGUAGUUCUUAUCGUGUUUUCUCAAGAUGGUAGUUGUAGAAUUAUUGGAAAAAUAGACGUGUAUAAAUUCAAUUCAAAU